AUGUUUGCUUGCUUCACUAGCCGAACUGAACGUGAGGGCGGUGCUGGGCCCACAGAACGGCUCCUCGCGCCCACUACAUUCCCCGCGUGGCUGCUUCACUGCGCUUCACAAGGCCAGCCGCUAGGUCUCACCGAAUGGCCUAUGAAACUUGGCCAUGGGGGACUAUUUGACAAACAAGAUGUAUCUAAGAAGAGAGGGCUUACAAGAUCUUUUACUGAUUCCAACAUUUCUUACUCAUAUGAUGAUUGCCCAGAAGCACCUGGUUCUUCCCAUUACAUUACAGCAGAUGGUGACAUUGAUCUCCUUGUUGUGCUUAAAGGAGUUCAAAAUGUUGUUUUGAGAGAUAGUGUGAUUUGCAGCCUGAGAGUAUGCGAGGGCAUUCUCAAUUUAACUGAGGUUGUAUUGGGAAUGCCAGGUCUUGCAGAUGCUAGUGAGAAACAAUUAGCAGCCCAAAGUUGUAUUCUCUGCUCUCUUACUAGAGUACUGAAGCACUUAGGUUGUCCUCAUGGAUGUGCUGAUGCCCAACGUGGACCUCCAGCUGAUUUUCUUCGCUCUCAGGUGCAUAGCCUUCUUGGAAGACUUCAUAAGGCUUCUGGACGACACUUUCUAAAAUUCUUCAGAAACAUGGUUGCCACACAAUCAAUAGCUGAAAUCAUUGAUUUUUUCCAUGCUUUCACUGGGUUUUGUGUAGACCCUGGUUCUCUCCUUUCUCCUUUAAACCAGAAACGUACAUCCAGUAAGUCACCAGACACUAUGCCACAGUCGUUAUUUGGCCCCUCUGCAACUAAUUUAGAGGGUCAUAUCAUUGGAGCUAUUUUUAAAAAAUUUGUUUCAAAACUUGUCAGUGCUUCUAAAGAAAUUAAAUCUCAUGAAAACAUGAGCCUCUACAGUGACAUAAGGCUUUUUACUAGCUAUGUUAAAGAGGUUCAUGGUAAUGUGCUUCGUAGAGUUUCAAUGAGUGGUUUAAUAGAUACUGCUGUUAGACCCCACAGAAAGGAAACUAAUCUACAGACAACUAGGGUCAUUAGGCACAUCCCACAGGGUGAACAAGAUAGUAUUCAGGACCAUGGAUGCUAUGUGGUUGAUGAGAAUUCGAAAAAAUUAUUAUUUAAAAAGCGCAGUACCUCUUCUACAUGUGCUAGUGUGUUGGAAGCUGAAGGUGGUGAUGAAGUUCAAAGUCCACUUGGAAAUAUGAGAAAGAAACAUCAUAUUCUGACACCAAGACACAGUCAGCGCAACUUUAAUCAGUUCCAGAAGAACUCUAAAUUUAAAAUAGUUAAUUGGUUUAGACGUGAAGUGAGGCGUGGAGAAUCAGUUGACUCGCAGGGCAGCGCUGAAUCACCAGCUGAGGGAGCAUUGAUUCACCAUGCUGCUCAACUUCACCAUUCUUACAGCAAAACUUCUCAGAAAAGUACUUCUAGUGUUGGAACUACAUUGCAAAAAGCUCGUAGAAGAGUGGAAGAUCAAUUUACAAAAUUUGGUUUUGGUAGAGGAAAGAAAAAAGAUGGAAGCAUAGAAGAGACACAAUUCUGUUAUUUAAGCAGACGAAAUUCUGUUGAAACUGCUGAAGGGCGAGGAAGAGAUUCUGAGGUGGUUGUGCUCAAAGCAAGACGGAUGGUGCGCAAAGAUAUUUUAGUAGCAGGAAUGAACCGCCUUAGCAUACUUUUAGAAAUCUGCCAUCCUGCAACACUGCCACACCCACAUCUUUUGGCUGCUGUUUUAGAUCUGCCUCAUGCACCUAUAGUAUCAAGGGCUGCAUUUUUAUUGGAAUGUGCUCAUUUUGUGCACUCGUGCAAUAAGGGACAGUGGCCAUCUUGGUUAAAGCACAAUCUUCCUCUGUUCCGCCCAUCUGGCCCACCACCUUCAAGUCGGCCUAAUCCAAACAGUGCAAGACGAACACACCUUCUGCAGAGGACUGCUGGUAACAUCUUCUACCAAUGGGCGGAGAUAUUAGGACAAAGGUUGGAAGAAAUGCUUACAGAAGAUAAGGCCCAUGUUCCUCAUGUCAUUGCUAGUCUACAAGAUGAAAACAAACAAAAAGAUCUAUUAAUAGAAGAUGAAGAGGAAGAUUUUCUAGAUGAGGCAUGUGGUACAAGAAAUGAGUAUGGAUCUUCAUGCCCGAUGGCUUUACGAUUGAUAGCCUGUACAUUGCUUCUGGAAAUUACUGCAUUUUUACGUGAGACUUAUCAAAAUCUGCCAAAAGUAAGUGCUUCCAGUAGAGGUGGAACAUCUGUGCACGUAAGUGAUAAGAAAGAAGCUAACCGCCGCUGGAGUAUGGCACUGUCUUCCAUGGGACACUCACAAGCAUCAGCUCAUAGUCUCCAGUCAAUACCUGAUCAGGGCCAGUCUGAGAGAAAGAUCAGCUUUGUACUCCAGGAACCUGAUAAUGAAUCAGAAGGAAGUAGCAAUACAACCCUCACAAUGCAGAUGGAGGAAAAUGACAAAGGACGUAGACAGAGACCAUUGUUAUUGAGACGAGGUACAGCAACGUCAGGUGUCCCAGGAGGAUCAUUUAAACGUCGAAGCCUCAAGCUCAGAAGAAGCAAAGAACCUGGUGGCUCCUCCUAUGAUGUCCCACGGACAGCUGAUCCAGAUUUCAAGAGGAGCGACUCUCUUCAGAACCGACGUAAAGUGAGCUCCCUGUCUGAUCGAUCGGACACCUCUGAACCUGGUGCUGGGAGUGGGGAAGAGAGCCCCGGUGCCCUUUCAGAUGCUCCUGAGAGCCCAACCAGUACUAAUGAUACAGAUGACACUUCCAACAUGCCUUGGCUAAAGGUUGUUGUUCAAAUGUUAAAUUCUUACAACUAUUUUUGCUCACAUCAACAUUUUUGUCAUCCAUUCUGCUAUCGACGACAUGCAAGAGCCACCUCUAGACUUAUCAAAGCAGUUAGGCAGGUAUAUGGGGAAGAAUUCGGUAUGAUUUUAAAUGUUCGAGAAGAAGUUAUCGAUACAAGCAGCAAAAAGGAAGGGAAGAGAAGUCGAAAAGUUUCUGAACAAGCAUCUCCUAAUCGAGGAAAGGAUUCUAAGCGUGAUAAAGACAAGUCAGAACGACAUGAUUCCCAUGCAGGAAACGGAAAGGAUUUUCUUACCAGUGAUCAAGAUGAUAAAGAUGGCAGGGGUAAAACGCCUUCAGAGAAAAAGGAGCCUCCACCAAUUCUCAAAUAUAUCAAAACUCAGGUAGGUUGUGGGUUCCACAGAGCUCUAGAAGCACUAACAAAAGGCGGCUGCACUAUAAGUGCAGAUUUGCUUGCUGAUUCCUUACCAUCUGCCUGGCACCUUUGCCUCGAACCUUGCCAGGAAACUGCAGCUGCUGCUGGAGCACUCUUCAUACUUGCUGCUGUCAGAGCACCUCUCCAGGCUGCUAAGAUUAUGGAUGCUGCGCUCCGCCAUCCAGACCCUGCUGUCAGGAUCUCUGCAAUAUUGCGAUUUAAGGUACUUUGGAAAAUGCGUCAUCAGGUUUGGUGUAGGAUGGAAGAAGGGGCACAACUAACCUUCAAGGUCCCUCCUCCUGGAAUUGAAUUCACUCUUCCAUCUCCAAAAAUUGGCAUAGAAUCUCUGCCUGUAGUUGAUCCACCUUGGAUGCCACAAGUAAAGACUAAAGUGGAAGAAGUUACUGCAAUUAGUCAAGAAAGUCAUAGGUCACUUGUAACUGCUACAAAAACAAGGAAGAAACAGCAAACAGAACUGAUAAAGAUGGCACUACAAGCUAGAGAAGAUAAGAAGAGAUGCGAAAGAGAAAAUUUCAUGGUGACUACUAUUCCAAUAACUAUUCAAGCUGCCUACGAGCCUAGUCUGCAUCAUGCUGUUGGCGAUGACCAUGAAGAAGUUGGAGGUUGCGAUGAGGAAGCUAUUGAAGUUGGCUCCCGAAACACAUCCCAUCAUAUUCAUUCUGCGCAGUCCCUAUUCCCUUCAUGUCUUUGUACUGCAGUAGUAAGGAUAAUAAACUUGCUUGACGAUGCUGCCGUAUCUAGUGAUGGCUCUGCUGUUUAUGAAGUUGCUUAUCAGGUAAUUUGGAGUUGCUUGGUUGAAGAUAGUGCUUUGUUUCUUCGUUAUAUUUUGGAAAGGUUGACUAGAGGAGAUCAAGAAAUGAUGUUCAAGGUGCUGAGGCAUUUGAUAAGAUUUGUGCCAAGGUUGCCACAGCAAGCAGCCUUCACCCUCUAUAACUACAUUAUUGGAUAUGUCAUGUUCUACGUGAGGUCUCCACAAGAAGAGGGCCAGAAGUUAAUUGGAGCAGCUCUCUCUAUAUUAUGGAUGGUCGUUCAUAGUGUCCAUGGGAUAAUGUUUAAGGACCUGAAACAAAUAUUGAGGAAGGAACAGUGCGAUGCUUCUAUUCUCCUCACUGCCAAUGUUCCUUCUACAAAGAAGAUCAUAGUACAUGGUCCUCAAGAUCAAUCAUCAUGUGGAAUUCCGUCUCAGUUUCCUGUUCAGGAAGAUACUCAGUUCUGUCAAAUACUCAGAGAAUCCCUUGACUUCUUUGGUAUUGAAGAAGAGAGACAUAGAGAAUUCUUUUUAGUCGAUCACAAAACUCGUCAAAUCCAUAAUCCCAACUCAUAUGUUCGAGAUUUCUACUUCUUUAAAAGAUCACAAUACCCGCAACUUGAAUUGGUACAUAUGCACCCAGAAGAUGCAUUUAAUGCCUUACAACGCCAAGAGUUGAUGCAUAAAUCAGUUGAGAUUGGCAAAGUUCUGCUCACAUGGGCUAUUCUAAAGAAUGUUGACAUGGUUGUUCAAAGAGUAGUAUUUUUACAUGAGGAGUUAAUGAAACUUCCUUCAUUUCCUAGGAAAGCAUUAGAAGCUGAUUUAGAUCUUUAUCGUGGGGGUGAGAUGGGAAAGGAGUUACUUGGAUUAGAUGUUCUCCAUAAAUUCAUGUGGGUUCGAUUGAUCGCAAGAAUGUUUGAAGCAAUGGCUGGUAAUUUUGCAUAUUCUGGGGAUAUUCGCCUUUUCUUGAAUGUCUUGAACGGUGCUCUCAUUCUCCACUCACAGGAUGCUACUAUCCUUCGAUAUGUAAUGGCUACUUACAUAAAUGCUGCUCAUAAUUUCAAAAAUAUAUUUUCACUGAAUGGAUACAUGAUGGUUGUACCAACUCUGCUUCAACUGUAUGCUACCUAUCAAACAAACAAACUAGUCACCAAGACAGUUGAGUAUUGUGUUAAACAAUUCUACCUCAUGAACAGAAAGCCUUUCAUUCUACAGAUGUUUGGUGCAGCAUCACCGAUUCUUGAUAUCGAUUCUACAGCUCAGUUUGGUGAUGGGCAGAAGGUUCCUGCCCAGUGCCUUUUCCAGCUACUCCUUAGUCUAGAGACACCUUCUCCGGAUCCGCUUAACAUUGGGGAAUUAGUCAAAGAGGAAAAACCUUUGAAAGCCAUCGAUUUCUGUUACCAUGAUGACAAUGAAAUGGUCACAGUCCUCGAUUGUGUAUCACUAUGUGUUAUGGUAGUUGCCUACUCUGCUGAUUCUGUUAGAGCAUAUCAAAUGUUGACAAUUCUUGAAGCAAUCGUUCCAUGUUAUCUUCAACAGAUUCAACUUCCUAGCUACAGAAAAGAAGGAAAGUCAGAACGAGAUAUAAUAAGUCAGAUAGCAGUUGCUAUUAACACUCUUGUGACAAACUGUGAAGCACUUUCCAAGAACUACAAUGGACCGCAGAGGACUAGUCCUGAACACAAGGGUAGCAGUCAACGUGGCUAUAAUAGAGCGCCUUACUCACCAGGAUUUGAGUUUGUUGAUGAGGGUCAUGCAAAAUAUAUAGCUGACCGAGCAAAGACAAGAACAACCUACACUGACUCCGAUGAUAGUGAAGCUGAGUUCAGACGUCCAAGAGAUGUACUUUUAUCAUUGGUUACCGAGUUUGCUACCCGAUGCACAGCACGUCUAAUAGAACUCAAUAAAAAGUUUCCACAGGAUGGAAAGCCAAUUGAGUUGUUGGAACUGCGAUCUCAAACACGCCUUGCAGAUGUUGCCCAUUCUUUAUUAAAAGCAUCUCCAUACGAUCCUGACACCAUGUCUUGCAAAGGACUCCAACUGUAUAUGACCCAGUUAAUGCCUGCCACUGAGUGGAAUUCAGAAUCUAUGCGGCCUACUCUCAUUAUGCUUCUUCGGAGGCUAGACAAGACAUUUCUAAAGAUAUAUAAGAAGCCAAGUAUCAGGAGAAGUGUUGACUGGGAAGCUGCUAGUGGCCUCAUUCGUGGUAUUUAUGAAACUCUCUCUCGCUACCCAUACAUGGUUCACCUUGGCAACUUGAAAAGUCUAAUUAAUACUUGUCAGUCACUGAUCAUUGGUGAAAUGGCAACAGGCUUGGCAGAGAAUAUUUCAUCUGCAACUGCAGCUCUUAUGUCUCAGGUUCCACCUCCUCACUUCUGUGAUAUGGUUGUGCGACUUAUAGCUCUUCAAAUAUUAGCUUUUGGUGAUUCGUAUACGCUGGAGCAAGUCUGUGGUGGUAGUACCCUCUUUCCUACCUUUGAGAAGACAGAGAGUAUGUUGCUUAAUCUUCUCAUGCCCCUGUGUCUGCGUGUAGGAAGUGGAAGAAGAGAUAUACACAUUAUGAGGGAUAUAGAUAUCAACUACUGCUUGACAGUGGUCUUGUACGCGAUGUACCCACCUUCAGCUAGGACUCCUGUCACCAUGCAGAAUUUCAAGAUGGCUCAAGAUUUCCGGUCAGGAUCAUUUUCAUUUACUAAAUCUCCCCCUGCUGUCACUAAAUCACUUUACCAAGUUUCUUUUCUUGCAUUGAAGAUAUUAAUAGCUUGCUUUGAAGGGGAACUAGAGUCAGAUUGGCCUCGUAUUGCAAGAACAGUCCAAGAACUUUCUAAGGUAACAGAUGCUAGACAAUAUUUUUGGAGCUUUAUUGAGUUUGUUGUAUCUCAAAGACCUCCUCUUUUUGUUCUUAUGCAGCCAUUUAUCCGCCUUAAGUUGAAUAUGACACCAAUAAGUGACAUUGAGAGGCACAUUCACUUUGUUGUCAGGGAGAAAAUGUCAGGUCUGUCACAUUCUGGGCCAAAGUGUCGUGGCGCUCUUCUUGCAGAUCUAAUUCAUGAAAUGAAGGAGCUAAAGGAUGAGUUAGACAGUCAUAAAUAUAAGCUGGAAGGUGUAGCAAAAGGUGAUGCGGCGGUACCACCUGAACCAACCACGACAGCUCCUGCUCAGCGACAUAGACCAUCACUGAUAGAUCUACUCACUGGCAACAAUAGUCAGCUUGGUUCUCACAUCACCAUACCACACAGAGAAUCAGUGUCUUCUGUGCCAAGUACUAACACACAAGAGCCACCAACUGUUCUGUCAAGGUAUCACACGAGUAGUGAGGUUCUUAGUCCAGAGGAAGAAAGCCAAAGCGAAACAAGACCGCAUAGACCUCGUCUUCAAAGAUCUAAAGCCCAGAGUAGAAAAACCUUCCGGCUGAGAAAGAGCAGAAUGGAUAGUGGGCAUAGAUCGGAACCAUCAAUCAAUACUGGCAACAAUGGCCUUACACCUGGCAGCAACAACAACAAUGGCGGUAGUCAAACAUCUCGGGGUCGAGGAGAGCACUCGUGGGAGGAAGACAUGUCUCAGACAUCUAGCACUUCUGGUUACCGGGAAAAUUGUAGUUUGGUGAUGGCUGCUCCUCCACUAUCACCUGACUCGAGCAGUCACUCCCAGCAUUCAUUGCUGUUGGUAUUUGAAGAGGAUACCCUCAUAUAAGAUGGUGACUGACUGUUGUUUGGUUCAUAACAAAUGUUUGUUUUUGUUAUUCACUGUCCUCUAACAGUUUUAAUUUUAUAACUAUCUAACUACAUGAACAUCUGUUAAUAGGCUAAAAGUAAUGAAGCAUGAAAGUGUUGAAUGUUCAAUACGUUUUAUUUGAAUAUAAGAGGAAAAUGGAUUCUAACAUUUUCUAUAUUUAUAUCUGAUGAUUUUUUUGCCUAUCUUAAAAACCAUCUACAACUAUUCUAAAUUAUAGAAAACCAGAAAAUAUUCCUGGUAUUUAUUAAUUUUAUUCAACAAUAUCAUAUAAUCCAUAUGGUGCGGAGGGCAGUGUAUCAGUCAAAUUGUUUAUCGUUUUUAUACCUAAAGUCCUAAAUUUGUUAGUUCCUUUGUUUAUCUGAAUAAGAUUUUUAAAAGUUUUAUUUUUGUAUUAUUUGUUAUUAUUGUAGUUAUUUUAGGGUACUGUAGUUAUCCUAUUUGUCCUGUGAUUUGUUUAAUAAUUUCAACAAACAAGAACAUUUAUUUAGAGUAUUUCCUAUUUUAUAAGUCUGUUUUUGUAUUUUUUUAUUGUCCUUUUGCAAAAUAUAAAUAUAGUGUUUAAGGAACAAAAGGGUACUCCUUAAUAAUUUAAAUUAUAUUCACUAAUUUGUUAAAUUUAUUGAUUAUUUUAUGAAAGAUGUUUAUUGUACUAGUUGUGAAUUAUAUUUUUGUUAGUUCUUGACUAAUGAACUUGAAAGUUGAAAAUAUAAUUAUUAUUGUAAUGUUUAAAAUAAUAUAAAAUUAUUUAGGUAGAUUGUUAUACUAGAUAAACUAUAUAUUGUUAUAUUUUGUUUUUAAUAAACUGAAAAUAAGUUUACAA